CGUCGACCUCACGUCGAAACCGUACUUGACGCCGCUUUCUCUCACUCUCACCGCGCACGUCACCUUAUAAAGCUCGUCGUCUCGCCUGUUCUCCAGUCGUCGCACUUUCCAUUCGCUCGGACUCCCACCACUCACAUUGUUCGCAACGAAACAUCACACACCGAAGCUUGAUACCAGCCUGACGCCUAGACCAUGUCUCUGUGCAUGAACCGCCUCUCAGAAGAGAGGUCAGUAACGCUACUCGAAGGCUUCUGAGCUUGGCUCUAACAUCGUUCUAGGAAGCAAUGGAGACGCGACCACCCCUUCGGCUUCUUCGCAAAACCCAUGCGCGGCGCGAACGGUAUGAUGGACCUCAAGAAGUGGGAUUGCGGUGUGCCUGGCAAAGAGAAGACUAUUUGGGAGGGUGGCCUGUUUAAGCUCGAGGUCACUUUUCCUGACGAGUACCCUACAAAGCCACCAAAGUGUAAAUUUGUCCCUCCUCUAUUCCACCCCAACGUCUACCCGUCUGGCACCGUCUGUCUGUCCAUCCUCAACGAAGAAGAAGGCUGGAAGCCUGCCAUCACAAUCAAGGAGAUCCUGCUCGGUAUCCAGUCAUUGCUCGACGAGCCGAACCCAGAGUCGCCAGCUCAAGCGGAUGCCUUCAACCUCUUCAAGAAGGAUAGAGCGGCAUACGAGAAGAAGGUGCGCGGUGUCGUCAAGGAGAACCCGGCGCCCUAGCCCCGUAUAAUGCGCGUGUAGAGCACGUAUAUGGACUCCUUAUUUUGGAUUGGGAGAAGAGACCAGGUGUACGUUUUUGAGCUCGGAAUUGUGGGCAGAGAUUGGGUAAGGAGGUAAAGCAACGUGUGUGCGGUUUACAUCUACAUGGUUGAUGGGCCACCUGCUUGUCACGCGUUCAUCAUGCGGGCGGUAUAUCCACGGCUUCUGGCGUUAGGGAGUGAUGGACAUUUUGACGGCUCAUUCGAGCCCUAGACGGGAGGCUUUGGGCCUAUACACUUGCUUUGAUUUAUUGGCGAUAACCUGAAUCAAAUAGACGACAAUCAUGAUCUUUUCA